AUGUACCCUCCCUCUCCCGCCACCAAUGCCGACGCCGGACUUCCUCCCGCGGACGAGCUGGGCGAGCCGGAGGUCGAUCCCGAGUCCCGCUCGCCUUCUCCCGCGGCUGUUAACACCGUCGCUGGCGAACGCUCCUCGCACUCGCGCAAGAAGAAGCCGGGACACAUCCCGCGCCCCCCGAACGCGUUCAUGAUCUUCCGCUCCGACCUCUGGAACAAAGAGAAGAUCAAGAGCACUGUCGAGCGCGACCACCGCCAGAUCAGCCGCAUCGCGGGCAGCCUCUGGAACAGCCUCGGCGACGCAGAGCGCGCGCCGUACCACCAGCUCGCGGACGAGGCGAAGAAGGAGCACGCGCGCAAGUACCCCCAGUACAAGUACUCGCCGAUCUACCGCAAGGACAAGCCCGCGAAGCGCAAGCCGAAGCAGGACCACGUCCAGAAAGUGCUGCGCUGCGAGACGGUCGCGCGCCUCAUCCAGCGCGGCUUCGAAGGCGACGACCUCAAGAAGGAGCUCGACCGGCGCGAGGCGGGGGAGGGGAGUGAUCUGUCAGAUUCCUCUGAGUACGUCAGUGCCCGGCCGCGCAAGGCGGCUGCCCGUCCGCGGGCGCAGGCCUCUUCUUCUCGCGCUCGUCCUCGCCGAGAGCGGCGCGUCAGAAUCAAGGAUGACGAUGACUACGUCCCUGAGGAACACAACCACACACCCACCUUCAUGAAGGAGGAGAAGGAGGAGGCGUAUAUCCCCACGUCGGAGAUACCUACGCUGGAUCUUGGCAUGCCCUGCUCGGACGACGAGGUACGUCUGCCACCAUGA